AUGUCCGACGACGAGCGCAUGGGCGACUACGAGGGCGGUGCCGGUUACGACUUUGACGCCGAGGACCCGGACCACAUUGAGUACGACGCCGAGCUGGAGCCGCGCGAUGACGAGGAGGAGGGCCUGAACGAGGACCAGAUUAUUCACUCUGGCGACGUCCCCGACGACCUCAAGCAGCGCACCGGCAAGGCUGCCAAGCCCAACGAGGUCCGCGUGACCACCCCUUACAUGACAAAGUACGAGCGCGCGCGCGUGCUCGGUACUCGCGCACUGCAGAUCUCGAUGAACGCGCCCGUGCUCGUUCCCGUCGAGGGCGAGACUGACCCCCUCGAGAUUGCGCUCAAGGAGCUGGCGGCCAAGAAGAUUCCUCUUGUUAUUAGGCGGUACCUCCCCGACAACUCGUUUGAGGACUGGAAGGUGGAGGAGCUCAUCGUGCAGGAGUAA